AUGGAUCUGCAGUCAACUGCUACAAGGCGUGCUUCAGCUAUUGGCUCAGGACUUAGUUUUCAGCUUAACAUGGCUGGGAGUUCAAGCCAGAUGGUAGGUACAGUGAACAAUCUACAAAACGUCAAGAAGGCUAAAGGUGCAAAUGUAACUUCUAGAGACAAAGGUGAUGGAAUGCCUCAGCUCAAAGAAAGAGUCAAGAAUAUAUGUGAACUGGGCUACAAGGAACAGCAUGUCAAGGCUCACCACAUGAAAGUACUUGACGUUCAAUCAUAG